UGAACAACCAUGACUGGCAGAAAGCUCUGCUCAAUAUCCCGUUAGGUAACGCAGAUUUUGGGGUCACGCCAUUCGCAUGGGCUCCAGUUCCCGAAUUUUUGGCUAAUCCCUUUUGGCAUUUCUAUGCUAAACAUGUUCCAGUAUCUGUACCAGUACCAGUUUGGCAUACAUUAGAGGUGUGUAUAAAAGGAACCAAACUCCCUGCUGGAACAUUAAGUUUAUCCUCGACCAUGAAGCUCUCAACAGUGUUGUCCAUCAUAGUUUCGUUCGCUGCCGUUCUGGCAAGUUGCUCAGCAGCAGCAGCUCAGCAGGAAGUCGUGCAGGGACUGCUGCGCGCCAAUCCUCCAGUCGCAUAUCCGGAGAAGGCUUGCGAUGGAACGCGUUCGGCGGCCUGCACCACGUGUAACCAGCUCAAGGUGUGCGUCACUGCGGACGCAGCCAUGGACCCUAUGAACAUUAGACAGGACUGCCCGGCUGCCCUUCCGUACUGCAGCAUGUCGGCGACUGUCUCCGGUGCCGUUUGCCAGAAAACUCCGGACACCGGUGUGGCGGAUUGUGCCACGGUUUCGACCAACUUUAAGUGCACCGGAGUUGGGUUCUUCGCGAAUCCAAACUCCUGCCAACUGUACCACUACUGUACGGGUCCGGGUGCCGUUGCAGAGAACUAUGACUGUCCCGAUGGUUACAAGUUCAGCAGCAAGGUGAACGCUUGUGCCAUAUCCGUCGGAGCUUGCCCGGCGCUCACUUGCAAAGUGGACAAUCCGGAUUACGUCUACAUGGCGCUGCCGUCCGAUUCCCAGUACUAUGUGUACUGUUCGUACGACAAAACCGUCACUCCGGCCAAGCUGGUCGACACGUUCGUCUUUUCCUGCGGUCAGGGAUCCACGUACAAUCCGGCCACUGGACGAUGCGUUUUUUCUUGCCCCAAGGACGGUCUGUACGCCAACAGUGCCAAUCUCAAGCAGUACUACCAGUGUUACCUGUCCGGUGGAAGGCUCAUCUAUAAGGAUUUGGCUUGCGCCGCUGACCAGAUGUUCGAUGCUGUCACCAAGCGAUGUGUCAAGGCGGUCUAGAAGAAGAAUUUGUCUAAAUAAAAAGCAGCAACA